CUUCUUCACUCAUUCGGUUCCAACCAUCGGUUACGAGGUUACAAGGUGCCACUGUUUACAAAGAACUUCUCUUUGGAGUUCCAAAUCAAUUCUCCAAUCCUCACCACUAUCAAGGUUACAAGGAGGGUGUAACAAUGGAGAGAGAGACGGAAAGGACAAGCCAGGAAGUGGUUGGAAAUCAAGAAAUCAAGGAAGUUGAUGAGUUUUCUGGGGUGCCGAAAGAAGGCAUUACUUCAGAAGAGAUGGAAUUGGAUUUGGGGGGUUCUGGAGAAGUGGAGAUGAACAAUAUGCUGGGAGAUGGCAAUUCAUGGGAUGGUGCAAGUAGAAGAAAAAGGGGAAGCUAAAGUUGGCAAUUCUACGCCACUAGCUGCCAGUGAGCCCACUCAAGUGGAUGCCAUAUCUGAGGGACAGGAAAUUCGACGUCAAAGAAGAACUUUAUGGCCCAGAGAAUUUUAUAAUCCGGAACCAAAGAAAAUCUUUGAAUUUAAAGUGGAAUUGGACCAAGCUACUAUUUUAGCAGAUUUAGACAUUUGAUCCCGGGGGAGAUUAGAAUUAUCAAUUUUUAAUGUUUUUUAAAAUGUUCAUGCGAUGUUAUGACCUGACUUAGUGAUUAUGGAUACUCCCUCCGUGCCAAAAUAAACUUCAUAGUUACUAUUCUUA